AUGUUCGCCAAAGCUGCUUUCGUUUUCACCGCUCUCGCUGCCGUUGCUACCGCUCGUUCUGUCACCCACCAAUGCAACACGGGUCCCGUCCAGUGCUGCAACACCUUGACCACCGCUAGCAACAGCCAAGCUGCUGGCCUCAUUCAACAAAUCGGUCUGAGUGGCAUUGGCGCCAACAUCCCCGUCGGUCUCGACUGCAACCCUAUUACUGCUAUUGGUGUUGGCAGCGGCUCUACUUGCUCCGCUAACCCCACCUGCUGCACGAACGUCUAUACAAAUGGUCUCGGUGUUGAUUGCAACCCCAUUAACGUCAAUCUUUAA